UCUCCGGCUUCUGGCCCCGCGAGCGCCGGGAGCCGCGACCUCGCGCCGGGGCGGGGGCCGGGCGGGCGCGUCCUCGCCGCGGCGCACGGAAGGGUCGAGAUCGGCGGGGACGGCGGCGAGCGGGUCCUGAGGCCAGAGCCCCGCGCCCGCGCCCGCGCCAUGCGGCGGGAGAGGUGCGGCGCCCCUCGACCGCGUCCCCGCCAUGGAGGUGCUGCGGCGCUCCUCGGUCCUCGCCGCCGAGAUCAUGGACGCCUUUGACCGCUCGCCCACCGACAAGGAGCUGGUGGCCCAGGCCAAGGCGCUGGGCAGGGAGUUCGUGCACGCGCGGCUGCUGCGCGCCGGCCUCGCCUGGAGCGUGCCCGAGCGCGCCGCGCUCGUCCCGGGAGGCCGCCUGGCGGAGGUGUCCGCGGUGCUGCUGCGCCUGGGGGAUGAGCUGGAGCUGAUCCGGCCCAGCGUGUACCGCAACGUGGCGCGGCAGCUGCACAUCUCCCUGCAGUCCGAGCCCGUGGUGACUGAUGCGUUCCUGGCCGUGGCAGGCCACAUCUUCUCUGCAGGCAUCACGUGGGGCAAGGUGGUGUCCCUGUACGCGGUGGCCGCAGCGCUGGCCGUGGACUGCGUGCGGCAGGCCCAGCCAGCCAUGGUCCACGCCCUCGUCGACUGCUUGGGAGAGUUUGUGCGCAAGACCCUGGCGACCUGGCUGCGGAGGCGCGGUGGAUGGACUGACGUCCUCAAGUGCGUGGUCAGCACGGAGCCUGGCCUCCGCUCCCACUGGCUGGUGGCUGCGCUCUGCGGCGCCUGCCGCUUCCUGAGGGCUGCCUUCUUCAUGCUGCUGCCAGAAAGAUGAGCUGCCACCGGCAGUGGCCGCAGCCUGGCCUGCCCGGCCCAACGCGGGGGCCCUCAGCACCCGGGCUGGGAGCCUGCUGGCCCCUGGAGCCCCGCCUGAGCCCCAUCCCCACAGACCCAGGCCCUCCGGGAGGGUGCGUGGGUACGGGCUCCCCGGAACCAGCCUACGGCCCUUCCCUCGCACCCUUCUCCUGGAACCCCCGUGUCUUCCCUUUGUUCCGGGACAAGAGAGCCAGGGUCAACUCCCAGGCCCCGAAGGAACACACGCUCCCACUUGAUGCCCUGGGGUCCCCUCCCAGGAGCGGGGCUGUCUCAGGACGUGAGUCUUCACGGGCCCUGCACGUCCAGUCUGAAGGUGACUCUGGUCUGGCCCAAGCUGGAGAAGCCACGGGACUUCCUGACCCCGUAAAGGGAGCAGAAGGCUCAGGUGCUGGUUGCGUGAUCCAUCUCCAGAAGGAGAGUGUGUCCCCUGCCUGUGGCAGGCCCUUGUAUGGCGGGGACCAGGGCUUGGGCUCCGGCUGGCGCACCUGACCAACAAAUGCGGAACCCUGCAGAGGAGAACAAGUCUGCGCGAGUGAGAUGGAGGGUGGGGGUGACCCCUGUGGCCUGCCUCGUGCCCAUCCUCACACGACACACAGGGACCUGUCAGGGUCCCCUAAGGACUCACACCGAGGAAGCCCAUCCCCCCAGGGAGCACCGGAGGCUCCGAGCCACCCCCAGCCUCCCCUUGGCGCCUACGGUUCCCCAGUCCAGGCACACACAAGGCGUCCUUCCCGGGCCCCCAGCCAGCCAGUGCGGCGAGAUGUGCACGGGCCGAGUGGGCAGCAGCCCUUCCUCGGUAGGCACGUGGCUUGGCCCUGGCCUGGCAGCCUGCCCGCCCCAAACGGCCCAUCCGAGCCCACGUGCCAGGACAGCGGAGGGCCCUGCGGGAAGCCAUACCCAGUCUCAGGGCUCUCAGGUCCCGCUGGAGGGCAGAGGCUGGAAAUAAACUCGUUUUCAUUUCA